AUGUUCAAGUGGGGCAUUAGCAUAGCUAAUCUUGCCGACUCAGCCAAGCCCCAGGAGAAAGUUUCUUAUCCGCAGCAGAUUGCGGUUACAGCAACUGGAGUUAUCUGGUCACGCUACAUCACCAUAAUUAAUCCUGAGAAGAACUUGCAAACUGAGAGCUUAAUAACUGAAAAUGGCAGCGAAAGUGAGAUCCAGAAUGUUACAGCUGGUAAUGCAAAUGGGAAUGAAAUGAAUGAAGUGGAGGCCAAAUUCCCUGCAGCAGGAAGUGAGUUCAUGAAUGUGAUUUUUGAAAACGGAAGGGAAAAUUGUCUGACUGGCACCACCAAAGUGUUCAAGGAAAAUGAUGAGGUGGAGAGCAUAAAAGAGGUCCACGUUGAUAGUGAGAAAACCAACUCCAAGAGGUCAAGAAAAAAGAAGACCCUGGCAGAGCUCAAAAACGAGGAGAAAUUGCUGUUGAAUGAAAGAAGUGAUUUGAAAAGGGAAAUGGCAGUCUUACGUUUGUAUAUGGAGACACAAAGGGCCACAAAUGACAAUUUGAAGAGAAUAAAGGUUGAAUUGCAACCCUGUUUGGACAAACAACUGGAAUCCACAUUUGCAGCAGAGGAAUCAACUUCCGAUCAACUCCAACCGGAGGCAACCGCUCAUCACAUUCCAACAGCAGUCCUGCAAAGUGACAUUGCACAAGAAUCAUUGACAUCAAGUGCAUGCCUUGAAGCAAAAACAGAUGCAAAGUUCGUCCUUCCCGACCUGAAUGUGCCGUUUGACGAGCCGGGCUGUGAUGUUAUUUAG